AUGAAGUCGUCUGUUAUUCUGCUGUCCCUGGCCGUGACAGCCCUGGCUGCGCCAGCCCCAAGCAAGCGACAUGUUGUUCAUGAGCGUCGGGAUGCUCUGCCACGGUCGUGGAAUGAACCUCGCCGGGUUGAUGGUCAGACAAAGCUGCCGGUCAGAAUCGGGUUGACCCAGAGCAACGUGGAUGCUGGCCAUGACAUGCUCAUGGACAUUGCCAACCCCAACUCCCCCAACUACCGCAAUUAUUUGAAUGCCCAUGAAGUCAAUGACCUCUUUGCCCCGGCAAAGCAUGCCGUCUCUGCAGUCCGCGACUGGUUGGAGAACGCUGGCAUUGCUGCUGACCGGGUUACACAAUCCGCCAACAAGCAGUGGCUACAGUUUGAUGGUGAUGCCGAAGAGGUCGAGAGUCUGUUGGGCACUGAAUACUAUAUUUAUACCCAUGACACCAAUGGCAGGACCCAUCUCGGCUGCGAGGAAUACCACGUCCCCGACCAUAUCAGCCAUCAUAUCGACUACAUCACCCCGGGUGUCAAGUCGGUUGAAGUACGCAACCCAGAGCCUAUUGUCAAUGAGAAACGGAGUUUUGGCUUCCGCAAGCCCCAGCCUCCUCUUCUGAAGGCGCUACCAGAAUCUCUUGAUAGCAUCAUUAACAGCGUUCUUGGCGGUCUGCUCGACAAGUGCUCGACAACCAUCACCCCUAACUGCAUCCAGACCUUGUACAACAUUACCGAGGGAACCACCGCCACCAAGGGCAAUGAGUUGGGUAUAUUUGAAGACCUGGGUGACUACUACUCACAAGCCGAUCUCGAUCUCUUCUUCACCUCGUAUUAUUCGAAAAUCCCUUCUGGCACUGGUCCAACACUAAAAGGUAUCGACGGGGGAAAAGCCCCUGUUGACGUACAGGAAGCUGGUCCGGAAUCGGACCUGGAUUUCCAAGUAUCAUACCCGAUCAUCUGGCCGCAGAACAGCGUUCUCUUCCAGACUGACGACUCCAACUACGAAGCCAACUACACCUUCAACGGCUUCCUGAAUAACUUCCUGGACGCGAUCGACGGCUCGUACUGCACCUACUCUGCCUUUGGUAUCACCGGCAACGACGAAAAUGACCCGUCGUACCCAGACCCAGCAUCGGGCGGAUACAACGGCACACUCCAGUGCGGCGUUUACGAGCCAACUAACGUAAUCUCAAUCUCGUACGGAGGUGACGAGGCCAGCCUGUCCAUCAACUACCAGAAACGCCAGUGCAAUGAGUUCAAGAAACUCGGCUUACAGGGUGUCUCAGUCGUCGUGGCAUCCGGAGACAGCGGUGUCGCCGGUUCAGAUGGCUGCUUGGGCGAUGGGUCCAUCUUCAACCCAGACUUCCCCGCUGGAUGCCCCUACAUCACCACCGUCGGAGCUACCUACCUGCCCCCCGGCGCCAGCAGCACAGCCGACGCUGAAGUCGCCGUGUCGCGCUUUGCGUCCGGGGGUGGCUUUAGCAACAUCUACCCUCAAGCCUCCUACCAAGCGGACGCGGUCAACACAUACCUAACCAAACACACACCUCCUUACAAGGCCUACGAAACCAGCGACAACUCUAGCGUCGGCGCCAACGGCGGCGUCUACAAUAAGGCGGGCCGCGGGUACCCAGACGUGGCUGCUGUGGGUGACAACAUUGCCAUUUUCAACGCUGGUUCAGCCACGCUGAUCGGCGGCACAUCUGCCUCUGCGCCUAUCUUUGCAUCCAUCCUAACGCGAAUCAACGAGGAAUUGCUGGCCAAAAAGAAUACUACGGUUGGAUUUGUCAAUCCGACGCUGUAUGCGCAUCCCGAGGCUUUCCAUGAUAUCACCAGUGGUGAUAAUGCCGGUUGCAAUACUGAUGGGUUCUCAACUGCGCCGGGCUGGGAUCCCGUGACAGGGUUGGGAACGCCUGAUUAUCCGGCUUUGCUGAAGGUGUUUUUGGGCGAGUAA